AUGGAUGGCCAAAAUAACAUGGAGAUGAACGGUACAGGCCCCGAUCCGCCACAAGUUCGUGUGCCCGAUUUGGAGCGGAUCCGUAAUGCAAGGAAACGACGUUUGAUUCAAAUCAAAGAAUGGCAGCAGUACGAUCGUAAGAUGACACGAGAAAGCGAAAAAAUGCAACGUAAAGGUUUCGGCCCGCCAGGAGACAAAAGCUUGUACCGUUCAGGCCCACAGGUCAAAUUUCCACAAAGUUUGAUAUUUUUAGAAGCAGCUGCUAGAGGUGAUCUUGAUGAAGACACUGGUCCGGGAUUCCUGGGUUGCCAAUGGUAG